UUCUUCCUAGGUUUCUUCUAAGAAUUUUAUAGUUUUAGCUCUUUAGGUCUGUGAUCUAUUUUGAGUUAGUUUUUUUUGUAUCGUGUAGAGUAGGGGUCAAAAGUAAUUUUUGCUUGUGGUUAUCCAAUUGUCCCAGCAUAAUUUAUUGAAAGACUUCUUUUUCCCCCAUUGAAUUUUCUUGGCAUCUCUGUAAAAAAUCAGUUGACCAUAAAUGUCAGGAUUUAUUUCUGGGCUCUCAGUUCUGUUUAAUUGACCUGUAUGUCUGUGAUAUGCCAGUACCAUACUCUCUUGAUUGCUGCUGCUUUGUAGUACGUUUUGAAAUCAGGAAGUGUCAGUCCUCCAACUUUGUUCUCCUUUUUCAAAAUUGUUUUGCCUGUUUUGGUUACCUUGCUUUUUGUGCAUUUUAGGAUCAGCUUGUCAACAUCUGCAAGAAAGGAACCUAGGAUUUGGAUAAGAUUGAGUUGAAUCUAUAGGCCAAUUUGGGGUCAGUUAAAUGAAAGCAUGGACCAUGGGGGAGUUGGACCAUAUGAACUUGGCAUGGAACAUUGUGAAAAAUUUGAAAUCUCAGAAACUAGUGUGAACAGAGGGCCAGAAAAAAUCAGACCAGAAUGUUUUGAGCUACUUCGGGUACUUGGUAAAGGGGGCUAUGGAAAGGUUUUUCAAGUACGAAAAGUAACAGGAGCAAAUACUGGAAAAAUAUUUGCCAUGAAGGUGCUUAAAAAGGCAAUGAUAGUAAGAAAUGCUAAAGAUACAGCUCAUACAAAAGCAGAACGGAAUAUUCUGGAGGAAGUAAAGCAUCCCUUCAUUGUGGAUUUAAUUUAUGCCUUUCAGACCGGUGGAAAACUCUACCUCAUCCUUGAGUAUCUCAGCGGAGGAGAAUUAUUUAUGCAGUUAGAAAGAGAGGGAAUAUUUAUGGAAGACACAGCCUGCUUUUACUUGGCAGAAAUUUCCAUGGCUUUGGGGCAUUUACAUCAAAAGGGGAUCAUCUACAGAGACCUGAAGCCGGAGAAUAUCAUGCUUAAUCACCAAGGUCAUGUGAAACUAACAGACUUUGGACUAUGCAAAGAAUCUAUUCAUGAUGGAACAGUCACACACACAUUUUGUGGAACAAUAGAAUACAUGGCCCCUGAAAUCUUGAUGAGAAGUGGCCACAAUCGUGCUGUGGAUUGGUGGAGUCUGGGAGCAUUAAUGUAUGACAUGCUGACUGGAGCACCACCGUUCACUGGGGAGAAUAGAAAGAAAACAAUUGACAAAAUCCUCAAAUGUAAACUCAAUUUGCCUCCCUACCUCACACAAGAAGCCAGAGAUCUGCUUAAAAAGCUGCUGAAAAGAAAUGCUGCUUCUCGUCUGGGAGCUGGUCCUGGGGAUGCUGGAGAAGUUCAAGCUCAUCCAUUCUUCAGACAUAUUAACUGGGAAGAAUUGCUGGCUCGGAAGGUGGAGCCCCCCUUUAAACCUCUGUUGCAAUCUGAAGAGGAUGUGAGUCAGUUUGAUUCAAAGUUUACACGUCAGACACCUGUUGACAGCCCAGAUGACUCGACUCUCAGUGAAAGUGCCAACCAGGUCUUUCUGGGUUUUACAUAUGUGGCUCCAUCUGUACUUGAAAGCGUGAAAGAAAAGUUUUCCUUUGAACCAAAAAUCCGAUCACCGCGAAGAUUUAUUGGCAGCCCACGAACACCUGUCAGCCCAGUCAAGUUUUCUCCUGGGGAUUUCUGGGGAAGAGGUGCUUCAGCCAGCACAGCAAAUCCUCAGACGCCGGUGGAAUACCCAAUGGAAACAAGCGGAAUAGAGCAGAUGGAUGUGACGAUGAGUGGGGAAGCUUCAGCCCCACUUCCAAUACGACAGCCGAACUCCGGGCCAUACAAAAAACAAGCUUUUCCCAUGAUCUCCAAACGACCAGAGCACCUGCGUAUGAAUCUAUGACAGAGCAAUGCUUUUACUGAAUUUAAGGCAAAAAAAGGUGGGGAGAGGAUUUAUGAUUAUCCUUCAGGGUGAAACAAGAAGACUGAAAAUGACAGUCUCAAAGAGUCAAUGUCGUUACAUAGAACACUUUGGACAGAGGAAAAAUAAACCUGGAUUUUUAAAAAUCAAUCAAUGGUGCAAAAAAAAUAACUUAAGCAAAAUAGUAUUGCAGAACUCCGAGGCACAUCAAUUAAUUGAUUCCUAGCAACAUCUUCUCAGCAUUAUCAAGGAUUUUCAUGUUGAUGGCUCAAAACUGACAGUAUUAAGGAUAGGAUGUUGCUUUUGAAUCACUGUUGAGUUCUGAUUUGUGUCAAGGAAGGGUUAUCCUUUCACUAGGCAAAGUAUGAAGCUGCCUGUCAUACUUGCAACCAAGGACAAAUUAGCAUGCAAGCUUGGUCAAACUUUCCAGCAACAUGGAAUCAAAGACAAACUUAUCGAUUGAUGUUUUACGUGCAAACAACCCGAAUCUUUUUUUUAUAUAAAUAUAUAUUUUUCAAAUAGACUUUUGAUUCUGCUCAUCAUGGAAAACAUCCCAAACUUCAAAUCCGAAAUUUUUGGUUGGCGUGAAGAAAGCUAGACAAGUUCUGUUUCUUCUCUUGGUGAAAUAAUAAAAAUGCAAAUGAAUCAUUGUUAA